GUUGUCUUUCUUUCUCUCUCUCUCUUUUUUUUUUUUUUUCUUUUUCUUCUUAUGCGACGCCGUCUUGCGGCUCGCUCGCCUGUACGUUUGCGAAAAGUAAUUUCGUCUACGAGAAUGUACUCGUGGCGGCGGUUGACACGCAUACGACUGUUCUCGAGACUGGAAUCCUGAAUUAAAAGCCUCCUGCAAGGGCAGUGUCAUGUUUACAUGUGAGCGGUAUAGCACGGACUGGGGUGCGCAAAUCACUUGACAGGUGUAAGAAAUGUCCUAGCUAGAGGAACACUGAUUAGGAGAAACUUCAAGUAAUAUUAGAAAAAUGCUGCGCGCGCUUUCCGCAGACUGCUAUGGCGGUUUAAAGGGUAAAAAGUUUGUGAUUAAGUGCAGCGCGAUAACUGUCUCUCCAUAGAGGAGCCGCGCUGCGCGCCGGCGGCAAUGGCCGAGAGGAGGUCGGAGCGCUGUAUCCUCGCCCUCUUCCGUCCCCUAGAAUGCUGGAUUGGACCCACGCGGGCGUGUUUGGUUAUUUCGGCUGGGCUUAUCUGGGAGAUUACGCGAGCUAUGACGACGAAAUUUGACGGUCGUGUUGCCACAAGGGGACGCAGCCUAGGCGCAAAAUUUAAAACGCCUAAGUUCGACCGAUCACGAGUGCUCGCUGUUUUGCGAUUCGUGACCAAGUGAACGAUGGUCGCCCGGCUCAGCUUGAAGUCGUGCUCGCGCCGUGCUUUCCAGCGGCUACGAAGGUUAUAUUGCAAGCGUAGUCGUGGUAAAGAUGAAUGCAACGAGUAAUGAAAACGAGAAUGCAAGGAAGCUCUUUUUUUUUUUUUUUUCGGGAACUCGACCAGCGGGCGCAUCCUAGCACCACGAGUAAUGUUGGAUUGUUCGUUUUGUCCUUGCGAAUGCAGGGCGAGGCGUUUUUAUUUUUGUUAAUUAAUUUUCCAAGGAACAAAAGUCACUAACUGCAGCAACAAAAAAUAAAAUUAGGGCACAAUAGGCCUGCGUUGCAGUGUUAUGUGCAAGUGCACGAUUGUUUUGUUUUGCUGAAGCCAUUUAUUUCAAUUUCACUCCGCGCGUGGUCAAUAGAGGGCUCAGUGCGUCCACCAGCGACACACUCGCGAAGAGAAGCGGCGGCGCCGGUGAGCCAAUGGGCGCGCGCCGCUUGCUUUCCUCCUCGCCCCCCUUCCUCCGGUGGCGGCGAAGCCGAGUUGGGCCGCGCGCGCCCGGGAACACGGCAUUCGCUUUCCUGACUCGCUCCGAAGCAGCAGCAACAGCCGAAAUGUCUGGACGUGGCAAGGGCGGCAAGGGGCUCGGCAAGGGUGGCGCCAAGCGUCAUCGUAAGGUCUUGCGUGACAACAUCCAGGGCAUCACCAAGCCUGCCAUCCGUCGUCUCGCUCGCCGUGGUGGUGUCAAGCGCAUCUCUGGCCUGAUCUACGAGGAGACGCGCGGUGUCCUCAAGGUGUUCCUCGAGAACGUGAUCCGGGAUGCCGUCACCUACACUGAGCACGCCAAGCGCAAGACCGUAACAGCCAUGGACGUCGUGUACGCUCUCAAGCGUCAGGGCCGCACCCUCUACGGUUUCGGAGGUUAAGCAGCACACACGCGCCCGGCGUCGUCUGCCAGCAGCGCACCGAACUCCUGUGAAGAACCCAACAGCCCUCUUCAGGGCUACCCACUUGAUGCUUCGGCAGUGAUCCGCAGGAUUCGCGAUCUCCUGAUCCGUUUUCCCUCUUUGCAUUCCAUUUUCUUGUGAUC